GGCCUUCCCUGUCUUGCACUACAGAUGAGACAGGUGCAAGCCUGCAAGCUCACUCCGGUGUCUGGAAUUGCACUCAGAACAAGGUUCCCACCAAACUGAAGACAUGAGGGUCCACAGCCUCACCCUGCUCUCCUUGCUCCUUCUGGCUGCUCAGGUGACCUUGGUGGAUGGCAAAAAGGAAGUAAAGAAUAGACGUGUCAGCAAAGCCACCACUCUGGGCGAGCCCCAGACUGAGCAGAGAAGCCAGCCACCCAAGUACCUGACCAAAGGCAAGUUUGUCACCCAAGACCAGGCUGACUGCACAUGGGUGGUGACUGAGAAGGAGAAGGGCGUUGUCCUGAAGGUUGACUGCACCCGACAUGAUGAGAAGUUUUCCUGUUUCUUUACUGGUGAUCCAACCUCGUGCCUGAAGUUGAACAAAAAGAGCUAUUGGAAACAAAUUGGCCGCAGCCUGCGCUCUCAGAGGGUCAUCUGUGGGGACUCCAAGAGCAUCCUGAAGACCAAGGUGUGCAGAAAGAAUUUUCCAGAAUCCAGUCUCAGGCUGGUGAACUCUACUAUGAUUAGGAAGAAAUCCAACCAGGAGUCCAUGGAGCCGUCGCUCAGCAAGCAAAGCGCAGUCAACGAGACUUCUCUUGUGGAGACUGGCAAGGUCAAAGAGAACACCCUCUCUGGCCCUGCAGAGUCCCAGACCUUGGGCUCCAGUGAUCCCGAGUGUCUGGAGGACGCAGACCUGAAACUGGAGAAGACAGCCAUAGAGUACUGUGGGGAGGACUGGAGCUCUUUCUGCAAACUCUUCUUCACCAUGGUGCAGGGCAAUUCAUGCUAAUGAGGUCAAAAUAGAACAGGGUCCCUUAGGCAUCAUGUCCAGCCCUUCGGGACGCUGUAAAGCUGCAAGAUCCCUGUGAGAUGAACAUUUGUGCUACAAGCAUGUGGGGGGAUUGUUUAAGCAGAUUUUGUAAUUUCUGUUUUGUGUUUUGGGGGUUGAUUUAUAUUCGCUUCCUUGGGUGUGGUUUUCAGCAGUUGUUUGCCUCACUGUGUUCAUGGCCCACAGAGCUGUGUGCACCUGAGCAGUGAGGAGCGGUCUUUGGGCUUGAAUGAGCUAGAGGGAU